AUGAAACCUACUUUCCCACUAUUUCGACUACCCGAGAAUGUUAUCGUCCACGUGCUCCAAAACAUGUACACCGAUGAACUGUUAAUCAUCUCCCUUGUCUCAACGAAAUUCAAAAGCCUUGUAACAUCGUUGGGAUUAAGAGCCAGUAAUAUUUACAUCGCUUUUUCUCAUAAGAUUUUUCUAGAUGUGAACUUUGGAAUAUUCGGGUGGAAUUUGAUCUUUAGCAAUGAUUCGAAUGAUCAGAAUGCCGAAUUUGACAUUACUCGUCCAGUUUCUGCUUUUACUUUUUUUCUACACAAAAAUUUUCAACCACUUACUCCAUUCAACUUCAGCGAUUGGUUAGAUCACAUUCUGACUGUAUUCUGUUAUACUAAACCACUAGCCGUAGAAUUCGAGCCAGGCAGUGAGCGAUUUGAAAUGGAAUUGCUAAAGAAUACGUUAAAACACGUCAAUUCUCUUGCUAUAACUGCAGGCGUUACUGAUAUUCGGGCUAAGGAAAUUUUGAAAAGUUUCAAAGACUUGAACGAAUUAACUCUGGGAAGUAAUCCAUUUGAAGAUACUUGUGAAGUCCAAAAAUUCUUCAUUCAAAACUUAAAAAGCAUUGGAUUUCAAGAUGUAUACUCAUUGGAUGAUAUGUUAUUGGUCAACAGUGAAAGAUCCGAUCUCUACCAUCCAAUAUCUCAAAAACAAUUCAAUCGAUUCCUAAAACACUGGAUUCGUGGAUCGAAUCCAAGACUGCAACUCAUGUUUCUAUCAAUCAACAACAGUGAUUCCGUGAGCAGGGAAGUGCUUCUGAAAGGAAUUCAUUGUGUUGAUGUGGCGAAAGAAGUGCAAGUAGAAAUCUGUCGGAAACACAGAAUUGAGAGUGAUCGUAUGGUGCGAAUCAGACGAAAAGACGGGACAACUGCAGUGAUUGCGACCGAGGAUUUCCAGAAUGUUUUUUACAUCUGUUUUAUCGCCUAUUACUAA